UGCUAAACUUACCGCUUCGUCUCAGGCGAGACUUCGAUAGCGAUGGCCUGUCGAAACCUCAAAGCCGAUCUAGUGCUCUGCGUACAGCGAUCGCCUUGCUGCGUCAGGGAUCACAACGAUGUGGCUACUUGCCUCAGGGAUCAUACGAACGAGCUGCCAGAAGAGUGCCGCCACUUGCGGACGGCUUUCUUCGAAUGCAAGCGAGGCAUGCUUGACAUGCGCAAGCGAUUCAGAGGGCUAGAUACAGGCACGAGACGGCAAGAUCUCUCGAAAGCACAGGAGAUUGACAAGUUCCAAGAUCCGCUAUCUGCUGCCGCAGCCAGUGCAGCGUCCGGUCCGCCGACGAACAGUUAG